UAGUUUUUAGUAAGUUUCCGAACAUCAAAAACUAUAGAGUUAUGGGCAAAAAUAAUGGCAGGUGUUUCUAUGAAAAAAAACAAACGAGGAAACUUUGCAUUUCCGUAAACCGCAUUGGCACUGCCAUCGCGGGGAAACGCCAGUGACUGUUUGUAUUUUCUGCAAACGCAGGUAAUUCCUGUUUUAGGACCGAACAGAAGAGCAGGUCUGACUGGUGUUUCCAAUAACGUCUGACAGACUUGGAGACAGUUCAAGUCAGGUUUUGCAGAUUAAAAUUUCACGAGUCUUUUUUUGGAAGACAUUCCAGUGAUUAUAAAGGCAGAGAAAUCUGAAACGAUGACCGAGCAGAAACCAAAACGUAUUCACUUAUUAAUUCAAAUCAGUCUACUACUUUAUUCCAAAACAAUUUACAGGAUAUGACAACAAUGACCUGUGGUUUCUUUUUUUUUCUGUAAAAAAAAAAAGCACAAACAUUCAAAAUAUUUAUCAUUCUUAUUCCCUUUCUUCUGGUGAAGAGGUGAUGCAAUCAGUUCCUCUUUGCCGCAUCACACGUUCCUGGGCAGUAAAUCCCGUUGAUGCAUCUAUUUAUAUGUAAGUGCAUGUAGUUAAACACCUGGUGAAAUCCCCUCCACCAACUAUAUAAGAAGGCAGCACAGGUACACCUUGACACAUCUCCUCUUCGCCUCAUUCACAGCUGAUCCCAUCACACAGGUGAGUCUGAAUACAGGUGCUUUUCUGAGUCAUGACAGCUCAUCACUCAUGUCAUGUCUGGAUUCUAACCCUGUUUGGGUAAUGAUCAUAAUCUGAAAGAGAUGAUUUAUUUGAAAAUGUGUCUGUCAGUUUCCCAACAAGGUUGCAUGGUGACGAAGAUGCUGCUUGGCUGCCUGGUCUCUCUGCUCUUCAUCCUAAAUAGAGUUGUGGACAGUCGAACCCUACAUACAGACAGCUGCUCUUUCAACGUGUACACUCACGAGCUGCGCAAAUAUUACGCUGACAUGCGCCAUCAUGCGAUAUCUGGAGACACUGAGACUGGAGUCAAAAUUCUGGAUAAAUCUCUGAUGAAAGAUGUUCAGGAGGAUCAGACGUGCUGCUUCUUGCGACUCCUGCUGCGAUUCUACGUGGAGAGAGUGUUCAAUAACUUCAGCCCCUCUGAGCCGCAUCAGCUGCGCUGCUCCAGCGCAGUGGCAAAUGCCUUCGUCAGCAUCAGAAGAGACAUGCAAAAAUGUCACUGUCACUGUGCAGAAGAAACUCACAGACAAAUUGACUCUAUGCACACAGCAUUUGACAAGCUGCAGAUCCAGCUGGCGGCACAAAAGGCAGUGGGAGAACUGGACACGGUUCUGGAUUGGCUGGAGGCACUGGGACACAAAGCCUGAUUAGUCG